AUGUCAUUAUCUGAGCCAUAUACUCUUGCUAAACUACCUAGAGUCUCAGGGACUUCUGAAAGAUGCGAAGUCUCUAGAAACAGUGACUCAGAAGCUCUUCAUGUUGGUAUUUCUGGUGCAUCUAUAUCCAAUUAUGUUUUAAAACCAAGUCCCAAAUUGAUUUGGUCUCAUUCUAUUCCACCAAGCUCCAUCAUAACCAGCUUAGAGAACGAUGAUGAUCAAUAUUAUGUUGGUGUUUACAACAAAACUAAGAAGACACAUUCAUUACAAGUCAUUAAAAAAUUGGCAAAUGAUUCAGAACUAGUCAAAGAAGUUGAAAUACAAUCCAAAAUCAUAAAUAUCAAAAGUUUCACAAACUCUACAAUUAUUAUUACUGAAGAUUCUGUUAUUAGUUUUGAUCCUGCGUUCGAAGUGUCAUGGGAAAGCAAGAAUUUGUACAAGGCUAUAUAUUCAGAAUUCAUAGAGAAGGAUGUCAUAUUAGUUGUUGAACAUCAAGCAAAAAAAAAUAAUCUAAACUAUAGAUUACUCUCUGUUACAGGGUCUGAAGUCAACUCCAAAAUAUAUGAAAACAAAGCCAAAUCAACAGAUUUGAAAUUUACUUAUAGUGAAGGUGUUUUAUUCCAAUAUGUUAACAACUCAAUAGUGUUGUAUCAAUUACCACAUUUUCAAGAAACUAAAACCCUCACACUUGAUCAACUAUCAAUCAAAGCACCAUCUUCAUCAAAAUUUUCAUUCGAAUCUCCAGCACCUGACAGAUUAUUACUAAUAAUUGACCAAGAUUUUUAUUUAAUUAAUACAAAUUUCAACAUUGUUUUAUCAACAACAUCAUCAACAAAAUCAAAAGCUGAAAUUUUAUCAACUACAAAGGCAGCAAGCAAAAACUCGAGAGCUUCAUUGUUUGGUAUUGUUUUGAGAGAUGGUGAUAUUGCCGGUGUUCCAAUCACUUUAGAUUCAAAUACUUUAAAAGAUUCAUUAGGUAAAAGACCAAGUCCAAAUGAUGAAACUUUCAAAGUUGUCCCAUCAAUUUUUGAUAUCAAAGAUGAAGUUGUUGAUAUUGAUUCAAUCAUUAAUAGAAAAGAUUUUGAUUCUGCAUUAUUAACAUUUUUGGAAGCUGAAAAUGAUUAUUAUACUGAAAAGGAUAAAGUUGUUGAUUCGAAAUUCAUCAAAAGUAUUGUUUCACACAUUUUCAAACAAAAUGAAUUACCAGAGAGGGCUAUGACUUACUUGUUGACACAUCCUUUGUUCCCAACUAUUGAUGGGUUAUUAUCGUUGUUGAGAUCAAAACCAAGAUUAUUGAGACAAGCUAUUGUUACUGCUAAUGUUUCUAUUAAAGAAUUGAAUCAAGAAUUAAAUACAACUGAAAAUGAUGAAAUUUUCAAAGAUAUCAUUACAAGAUUAUUGGAAUUUCCAAAGGACAAAUUGAAUUUUAAAGAUCUUGAUAGUUUCAAGAUUGUUGAACGUAUUAUAAGUUUAGAUUAUGGUUAUGAAUUGAUUUCCUUAUUGAUUGAUGCUAGUGGGUUAUUCACAUGGAGUGAUGACUUGAUUAUCAAAUUGCAAGAAGUUCUAAGCAAAAAAAUUGAAGCCUUGGAUAGCGGUUCUAAUGCCUUAGCUGUCAUUGAGCAAAUAGAAUUGAAACACUUAAAGACUGUCAAGAAGGUUCCAGUUUAUUCCAUCGAGAAGUUAACAAUUUAG